GAACGCAGCCGUGCGCGAAUGUACGUUGAUUCCAGGAUCGGUUGGAAGACCAAGGAUACGGGACAGAGCCGCGAAGUUAGGAGAGAAUAAGGGAGCAAGCACUCGUGCAAUAAUCAAGAAGAGCAGAACUUCCGAGGUCUAACUAAUAAAGCCACGGAAGCAGCAACCAGCAGGACGACGGAGCUGCCAUCGGAGCGACUCCUCCACAUGUGGACAUCGCCGUCCCAGCUGAGGAUCGGACGGGCACCCAGGAAAAAGAGUAAUCCGUAAAGCAGAGCCACCAAUGAGGAAGUCUAUAAUGGCUGGCAAAGCAGAUAAGCGAACAACUCUCGCCAACAAGCGGAAACUCUCCUUCCUUGGAUUCGGUCAGAGAAUAGCGGUCUGUCCUGAAGAAGCAAACUGCAAUGUUCAUGAAACAUCAACUACUAACAAAUCAUAUAUGACUGAAAUCCGAAAAUCCAUCACAACUAACUCAAAUGAUCGUGAAAGCUUCAAAUCGAUCACUAACGUUAAUGAUGGACACGGCACGGAAACGGUACAAGAGCUCGACGAGGAGAUGGAAAAGGUGUUUGCUAUGGAUGCCGGGGAGAAAUUCGACGUAGCCCGAUUCGGAUCUCCCUCAGAAUCAAUUGGAUCAGAUCGCAAUCGAGGUCCAACAAUUCCUCGCUAUGGUGAUCGCGAUCUUAAUCAACAUCGGAAAAGAAGUUAUCCACACCCACAUAUGCCUCUAAAGAGUCUUCAUUCAAGAUCUAUGCGACGACAUUUAUCACCCGAAGGUUCUAUAGGCUCCGAAAAUAAUUUGGAAGAAGAGGCGUUUACAAACGGUCUUAGCGGCAACGGUAAUGUCCCAGUGUCGGACAGAACAGUGGACCAAAUUAAUUUAUUCAAUUACACAAAACCUCACUUGGAAGAUGAAGAAGAUAAAGAAGAUUCUGAUGAUGGCAAAGCUGAAGAUGUUACCAAGCCACUUGCGGAUAUCGCGGAAAACAUCAUCAGCAGCGAAAGUGAAGCACCACUCUCUGAGAGGGCGGCUUCUUGUUUUAGCGAAAGUCCAUCAAUUGGUAGCCCGAGGGUGCAAUUCGAGAAAAUACGAGAAGAGGACGGACACGUGAUGAGCGUCAAUGAGUUCAGCGAUGAAGACAGAAAGUGCCGGCGACAUCAUAAGCAUGACCAUAAAAGACAUCACCAUCAUCACCAUUACCACCACAAGUCCCGAAAAUAUUCCCUGCAAGAGGAUCCACAAUGGCGAAAGCGCUCAGGAGCUGGUCUACCCGGCGAAAGUGGAGGGUUCCCCGGGACAGCAAGCGGGCGUCGAGUGAGCGUCCAACCCGAGGAAGCCAAGACUCUGCAGGAGCUGGAUAUCGACGACCUCGAAUCUCACCGCAGCGACGAUCCACGUGGAAUGCGCCGCCACAAGGCCGCCCAUCCGACCGUUCAGAUUGGUAGGCGGAAAGAGGGUGGCAUACCCCACGAGACAUUCAAGAAGAUGUACGAUCAUUCGCCCCACGAAGUUUUUGUACAGUUAGAUGAGUUACACGGUAUCGGUGAGGAACGUGAGUGGCGCGAGACCGCCAGAUGGAUAAAAUAUGAGGAAGAUGUCGAAGAAGGCGCUGAUAGAUGGGGAAGACCACAUGUAGCUUCUCUUAGUUUCCACUCACUACUAAAUCUGAGACGGUGCCUUGAAACUGGUGUCGUACUGCUUGAUCUCGAAGAGAAAGAUCUUCCUGGACUUGCAUAUCGAGUUGUCGAACAGAUGGUUGUCGAAGAGCUGAUUCUCCCUGAAGAUCGACCCGUUGUUAUGAGAGCAAUGCUGCUGAGGCAUCGACACGUGCAUGAGCAUGAUCGGGGAUUUAGAUUUGGGACAAAAAGAAAUUGUUCGAGCUACACGAGUUUGCAGAAUUUACACGAUUCGAAACCAAAGAUCAUUGCAUCGAAUCAAGCUCUGGAUAGUAAUCACACAACGGUCGAUAUAAAGGAGGAGCUCACGUUUACUAGUAGUAAUGAAGACAUGAAGAAGGGCCACAACGAGUAUAUCUUAAAAAGAAUACCAAGUGGUGCUGAAGCAACCGUUGUGCUCGUGGGGGCAGUUGACUUUCUUGACCAACCAACAAUUGCUUUUGUACGAUUGGCUGAGGGUAUCUUGAUCCCGGCCAUUACCGAAGUAACCAUACCAGUAAGGUUUAUGUUCACUCUACUUGGACCGCGAAACUCUGACUUGGAUUAUCAUGAGAUUGGUCGGUCUAUAUCUACGCUAAUGUCGAAUACAUCGUUCCAUAAAGUCGCUUACAAGGCAAACGAGAGACGUGAGUUGCUCUCUGCUAUUAAUGAAUUCCUUGACGAUUCGAUCGUCCUUCCACCCGGCGACUGGGAGAGACAGGCCCUGCUGCCCUUCGAUGAGUUGAAGGCCAAGAGUGAAGCUAUUAGGAAACGCAAGGCUAAGGCCAUUGAAGAAAAGAAAAAGAAGCAGAUACAAAGUGAAUCGACAGUCGUGAAAAAAGCGUUACUUGCAAGCGAGGAUGAAAAGAAACCACCAGAUGACAACGACCCAUUACGUCGUACACGUCGACUUUUUGGCGGUUUAAUAAAUGACAUUAAGCGGCGCUAUCCCUACUACCUCUCAGACUUUACGGAUGGCCUUAGCUCAUCCUGCCUCGCUGCCGCUAUUUUCAUGUACUUCGCUGCUUUGUGUACGGCUAUCACUUUCGGAGGUCUCAUGAGUGAUAAGACUCACAAUGUCAUCGGCAUUUCCGAGACUCUAGUUUCGUGCUCGUGCACUGGUGUUAUUAUGGCCUUAUUUGCAACACAACCACUGGUUAUUAUUGGAACAACCGGACCUCUGUUACUUUUCGAUGAAAGCUUGUAUAACUUUUGUUUGGCCAAUGGCUUGGAAUUUCUUACUAUGAGAGUAUAUAUAGGUGCUUGGAUGGGAAUUAUUGCUUUGACUAUUGCAUGCGUCGAAGGUUCAGUACUGGUAAGGCUUUUCACUCGCUUUACUGAAGAGAUUUUUACCGGCUUGAUCUCUAUCCUGUAUAUCGUUGAAACAUUCAUUAAGCUCGUUAACUAUUUUAAUCUAAACCCACUUUUACCGGAAUAUUGUUUCAAACCUAAACUUGGCAAUAAUACAACUAUUUAUCAAGAUACGAUGCAGCAGCCAAUAGCCAAUGCUAGUAACACCGAUAUUUUGCGCUUGAGCGAAUUAAUUGCUGUAUCACUGUAUGGUAAUCGUACUGAUUUACAAUCUAAUCAGGAGCAGUUUAUGCAGCUCACGUUGAUUCCCAGUUACGAGAGAAAUGGACUACGGAUUAAUCAGCCAAAUACUGCGCUUAUGUGCACUAUACUUUGCCUCGGUACUUUCCUGGGUGCCUACUACUUAAGAAUUUUUCGCAAUAGUCACUAUCUAGGCAGAAGUGCACGUAGAGCGUUUGGUGACUUUGGCGUACCUAUCAGUAUUAUUACUUUCGUACUAAUUGAUUAUCUAGCUGGCGUACAAACGGAAAAAUUACUAGUACCAGAAGGUCUGACACCGACAAUGCCUGGUAGAGAUUGGCUUGUCAGCCCUGUCACGGGGGAUGUGCCACUUUGGAUGGCGUUAGCGUGCUGUGUUCCAGCUUUGCUCGUUUACAUUCUUGUUUUCAUGGAGACCCAAAUUUCCGAGUUGAUCAUCGACAAAAAGGAGCGUAAAUUACGUAAGGGCAACGGCUACCACAUGGAUAUAGUCGUAGUCUGCUUAAUGAAUUUCGGUUGUGGCCUAAUGGGAGCACCGUGGUGCUGCGCUGCUUCCGUGCGCUCUUUGACACACGUGAAUGCCGUGACUGUGAUGUCACGCACCCACGCACCUGGUGACAAGCCGCAUAUUGUCGAAGUAAAGGAGCAACGAGUUUCCUCCCUCUUAGUAGCCGUCCUUGUAGGAGUUAGUGUACUCAUGGCUCCCCUUCUGCGUCGCGUACCAAUGGCAGUACUUCUUGGCGUCUUUCUCUACAUGGGUAUUUCUUCGACAAAUGGUGUUCAGCUCUUCGAUCGCGUCAAACUCUUCUUUAUGCCGGUCAAGCACCAUGGCACCGCUAACUAUGUGAGACGCGUACAGACGUAUAAGAUGCAUGUUUUUACCCUAGUACAAAUCACAUGUCUUGUUGUACUUUGGAUCGUCAAAAGCACUAAAGCCGCCCUCGCACUACCGUUCUUCCUCAUACUUAUGAUACCGCUUAGAGCUCAAAUGAGGUACUUCUUUAGUCCAGCCGAGCUCAGAGCACUAGACAGUAAAAACCCUGAUAACGAGGAAGAUGAACCAGAUUUUUAUGAGGAAGCGCCACUACCUGGUUAGAGUCAGUGCCUUAUUAUUCCAAUUCCUAAAUCUUUUUUUCUUUGUACCUCGUCUAGUAAUCUUCCGCCCUUUUAAAUUUGUUCGUAGCU